CGCCGCGGUUGCCGAGCGGCGGCCGCUCCGUCCCGUCCCGCCCGCGGCCAUGAGCGCGGCCGGGCUCGUGUCCGCGCCGCCCGCAGCCCCGCCGGGGCCGCCCGCCCCCGCCAUGGCUCCCGCGCCCGACUACUACGAGGAGGAGGAGCUGGAGAGCGCCGAGGAGGAGGACGGCGAGCGGAGCGCCCGGGCCCGCGACUCCGAUGAGGACACUGAGGAUGCCAGUGAAACAGACCUGGCAAAGCAUGAGGAGGAGGACUUUGUAGAAAUGAAAGAACAGAUGUAUCAGGACAAACUGGCAUCUCUGAAGAGGCAGUUACAGCAGCUGCAGGAAGGUACUCUUCAGGAAUAUCAGAAAAGGAUGAAAAAGUUGGACCAGCAGUACAAAGAAAGGAUACGAAAUGCAGAACUGUUCCUGCAGCUGGAAACAGAUCAGGUGGAGAAAAAUUAUGUGAAGGAAAAGAAAGCAGCAGCAAAGGAGUUUGAAGAUAAGAAAAUUGAGCUUAAGGAAAAUCUGAUAGCAGAGUUGGAAGAGAAGAAGAAGAUGAUUGAGAAUGAAAAGCUAACCAUGGAAUUAACAGGAGAUUCAAUGGAAGUGAAGCCUAUUAUGACAAGGAAACUGAGACGGCGACCAAAUGAUCCAGUUCCUAUCCCAGACAAGAGGAGGAAACCUGCCCCUGCUCAGCUAAAUUAUUUGUUGACUGAUGAGCAAAUAAUGGAGGACCUAAGAACGCUGAAUAAGCUUAAAUCACCCAAGAGACCAGCCUCCCCCUCCUCUCCCGAGCACCUCCCAGCUACACCAGCAGAGUCUCCGGCACAGCGAUUUGAAGCUCGGAUAGAAGAUGGCAAACUCUACUAUGACAAGAGAUGGUACCACAAGAGCCAAGCUAUUUACCUGGAGUCUAAAGAGAACACAAAGAUCAGCUGUGUGAUCAGUUCUGUGGGCGCCAACGAGAUCUGGGUGAGGAAAACCAGCGACAGCACCAAGAUGAGGAUCUACCUGGGGCAGCUGCAGCGGGGCGUGUUCGUGAUCCGCCGGCGAUCGGCCACCUGACUCUGCUCCGCCCUGUCCUGGUUUUUAUCGGAUCACCAAACUCUGCCAGGGGCUCACAGCAGCAGGGAACAGUCCUGACCUCUGACGAGACACUUUGUGGCUGGCCACAUAAUCCCCAGUAGUCCUUAAACCUUUAGUGAUGCCCAAGCACUGCCCUGGACUAUUUCUGGAUUUUGCAUCAAGCUUCUGUACGCUCUCUUUGUAUUUUGGGUGACUGUUUGAGAAGACUUUGCCUCAUCCUCCUUCUCAUCGUUGUUUUGUGGUGCACAGAUGGGACUCGUGUGUCAAAACCAUCAUCAUCAUGUUUCUGUUGGGAGUCAGACCAGUGGAAGAAGCUUUGCUUGUCGAGGCCUGAGGUUAUUUGUGCUUUUUGGCCUUGUUUUACUGCAAGGCUUAGGAUUUUGGACAAAAGAUGAAUCCUGCCAGGUUUCAGCCACAGCUGAGAGAUGCCUCCAAAAUACCUGGUGCACAACAUCAACUUUAUUGGAUGGACUGUUGAAAGACUGGGGACUUUUUUUAGGAUGGUGUGAACAGCUCAAACUGCUGAAAAUACAGUAAUUUUAAUGUAGCUCAGAGUCACGCGUGGUUAGUCAGAAGCUUCAGUUUCUCUUCACAUUAAAAAACCCUUCAA